AUGCUUGGUGAUGGAGGCGAAACCCCUUCAAGAUAUGAAUUGUUGAGCAUGGUGAAGAAGCACUCAAAUUUAAUUGGGAAAACGGUUGUUGAAGAUCAAGAUGCUCCUGAUGUUGAAAUGGAUAUGAAGUUUUGGCACGAUGUUUUUGAUUUGUAUUUUCUUCGCGGUAAAGACUCUAGGGGACGCCAAGAUGAUGAUCUCGUUUUCUUUGUUCGAAAAUUGGUUUCUCGAGCUUCCAAUAACGAUGCAGAAACUCUUGAUCCUUAUUUCGUACGCAGGUGGGCACCUAAGUUGAGCACCCUAGUUGAUGAAACUUCAAUUGAUGUGGAUUGGAGGCGUUCCUUUUACUUGAAUUUAAUUGCUCAUACAUCAUUCACCGUAACCGUUGCAAUUUGCAGUCAACAGGUUCUUCAAAACCAUCAAGCUGGGAAGGAUACAUCUUUGUCCCCUAUAUAUAAGGUUGUGAAGACUGUUUAUGCAUCUCCAAGUCGUGUAAAUUUCCAAUUGGACUCUAAAAAGGAAGUGGAAACAACACCUGCUUAUCCAGAUAUAUGUUUUGCAAUUGAUGAUUUUGACUCCACUUUUGAUGCUGUGGUUUUGACUGAAAAAGAUCAUUGCUAUUGUGUAGUUCUAAAUGCACAUGAUGGGGCAGCAUUUCCCAGUAAAAAGGUGUCAAACGAUUGCAGUACUAGUGAUAACUCUUUGCCAGAAGUUUGUACCAGUACCACUACGAAAAAAGAUACUAAGCUAACCCUUUUCUCAGGAUUUGUCAGCUAUCAGAUGGUUAGAGAUGCAUAUGAUGCUGGAAAAUCUCGAUUUGGGAGCCUUUUAUCAGGAGGUCAUUAUCAUGGCAAAACAGAUAGGAUUUACAUGAAAGGUCCUGGAGGCCGAGGGGAAGUUGAAGUAGCUGUUUCUGGAGUUGCAGAUCAAAGUCACCAGGAUUCAGAGCCACCUUCUCCAGUUAUAUCAAAGAAAGGCAUCGGGUUGGGUGUAAUUGUUCGCAGAGCUGCAAUGGUUGCAUCAGUAGCAGCGAAACAUGCUUAUGCUGCCGCCUCUUCCUCUAGCUCAAAUUUUGAUGAAAUGAUACCUUUGAAAUGCAGCUUAAUGUCCAUAUCGCUGCCUUGGGAAUAUAUAGCAUAUGAUCUUCUGUUUAAGGGAGCUCCUCCAGUGGACAUGUGA